UUUAAAUUUUACCAGGUAUUUUGAGUUAUCAGUGUCCCACAUUCUAAUAUUGAGAAGACAAUGUAUGAAUGCUACGUUUUGACCAAUGCUAUAAGUUUUUGACCAAUGCUGAUGAUACAAAGGUUCUUUUUCUGUUGUUCAUAUGGAAAAUCGUAGGACAACAAGAAGAAAAUAACAUAAUGUCAUUGGCUAGAGAAGCAAACAUAAGUAACAGUUCAUAACAUGAAAUAGCUUGUAGCUCUCCUUGCCACUUGGUGCACAUCGUCCAAAAUAAGACUAGCAUUAUGACCAUAACAAUGUAUGCGGACCAAUUGCAAGGAGGUUAUAUAAGAGCUAGAGGUUAUAUAACCACCUUGCUCAGACUAGCAAAGUUGGUUUCAACAUCCUGUAUCCACGAAAGCUGUUUGGUACAACUCUGUCUGUAUAACUCGACCCUGUUUUCAACACGAACACGACGAUAAUGGACGUAAAUGACAAGGUAACAUCCAAACAACCAAUCUACAUCAAUAUGUGUGAGUAGAAACGCAUACCUUCUGGGCAAAUGCCAAAAUUGUUACAUACAAGAAUGUUAUAUUAGGAUAUUUAAAGAGGACACUGGUAGAUUUGAAGACCAGCAGCUAGUGAGAUCAUAUAGGCAUAAUGAUGGCUGUACGUGUGGUGGUGGUUUUUGCGUUGGCAAUAGUUGCACAUGGAAACGUGCUCCAAGAUGAGACUGUGGAUGGACUACUUGGAGAGCAGGCCUCUGCUGGGGCCCAUCAUCUGUUCGACUCUCUUGACGAUAGCGCAGUUAGUGGGAUGACCCAGUACACCCGUUGGGGGAAGACCAUGUGCCCAGGUGACGCCGUUUUGGUGUACAAAGGUAUAAUGGCAGGUUCCUGGUACAGUCACUCCGGGAGCGGCUCCAACUUCCUGUGCCUCCCGGAGGACCCGGAGUGGAUGGAGUACUCGGACGCUACCGACGGACAGCGAGGCUUCGUCGCCGGAGCAGAGUACGAGACCGACCGCAACGCGCCGUUCGCCAUUCACGACCAGCACGACGCACCGUGCGCCGUCUGCGCCAUCCCUCGGGGCACCUCGCUCAUGAUCCCGGCCAAGAUGUCCUGCCCCACCGGCUGGAUCCAAGAGUACUCCGGCUACCUCAUGGCGGCGAAGUACAGCCAUCGCCGUACCGACUUUGUCUGUGUGGAUGUGGAGGCUCAACAUGAGGAUGGAGGGGAUGCUAACAACAACGGCGCCCUACUGUAUCUAGUAGAGGGCAGGUGUAACUAUAACCUCCCCUGCCCCCCUUACGUUAACGGUCGUGAGCUCACCUGUGUCGUGUGUUCCGCCGGUGUGAAGCCUGUUACAACAUAAAUCUAGACUAUCAUACUUUCAUAACCUAGCAUAUAAUUGUAUAACAGCUUUUUAAAAGAAAUGUGCCGUUUGUUUCAAACAAAAAUGCAUCCUGCCGAUUAUUUGCCGUUCUUAACUACUUGUUAAAACACGAUAAAAUCAAAAUCAUAUAGAAAUCCUACGCCCCUGAGGCGUCGCCAAAAAAGGCGGCGUAUCAUAAAAAAAUCAAAAGUCGUUUGACUACUAGUAUUUGAAGAAGGUUGGUGAAACUUUUUGUUGUUGGUGGAAAAUAAAUGAACAAAUGAUAUCCAUAGCUUGUUCGUUUCAACCUUUGUUUAUUCGUAGUAUGGCAAAUAUUCUACAAUUCUGCAAAGUUAGUGUGCAUUUAUCUGUAGUACAGGUAUGCAACCAUAACUGAUAGCCUCAAUAACAGGCCUAUGGAGUCAUUACUUUCAAUCAUACAUCUUCACCAAGUACUGGAUAAGUCCCUAUACAGGCACAUGAAUCUCAGGAAAGCCUGGAAGACAGACUAUCUAAUGCUUAAGCUAUACAGAUUGUACAAUAUUAUUGUAGUAACACACACUGACAUUUUUUGUAGUCAUUGCUAGUCUUCUGAAUGGCCAAACAUGUAUUUCUUAUACAUGUACAUGUAUAUCUAAAAUGUUAAUUUCAAAACGAAUAAGUACUAAUUUGUAACAAUUUUGCUCAAACAAGAAGCAUAUUUAAAUCAGGUUUCGUUGCAUAAUAUUACAUCAAAGGUUUUUGUAUGAUUACUUCAUAUAGACAGAGACUUGACAUGUUUUUGUGUUGAAUUUUCACUUUUUAGAAGGAAAAGUGUGCUACUGCCUCAUCCUCCACAGUGCUGCUUUUAUAAUAAGGGAUAGAAAACAAGACAUAUUUGUUGAUGAGCUUUCAUCCAUUUUUAAAACAUUUACAAGUUUGAUACACUCAGGCAAAAGCAACAAGGGAAUAUAGGAAGUUAUAUGAUAUUAUGUAACAUGAUUUUGUAUAUAAAUACAACAAUACAACAACAAAAGUGAUCACCUUAAAGUCAUGCUAAAACUGAAACAAAGGAAAAUACAAACUUGCAAUCAUCAAAGAUGCAAAUUCACAAAGCUAUCGCAUUAUAAGCAAACAUUGUACACAGAAAGCAAAAUACUGCAUGAACAUGCAAUGGU